AUGAAUCUGAAUGAAUCUUCUUGUCUCUCUCAGGAUGAUUGGGAGCACAGCAGUAAUGGCAGCACCGGUUCUAGACCCAGUUCAGGUUCUCGACCCGGUUCUGGUUCUAGAUCAGGCAGCAGAGGACAAAACAACCAGUUCAGAGCCCCAGCGAAGAAUGGAAACAGAGACUGUUCUUUCGAUGUCUUGGGGACGGACAUUUGGGCUGCAAACCUGGACUGUCAUGGAGGCGCUACGUGGGACAUUCAGCCGGAGAAACUGGAUUUCUCUCAGUUUCACAGGAGGCCGUACAGAGGGACACCGAAACACCUCCCGCACAUCGACCGAGAAGGGAUGAUAAAGGGCAAACUCGACGAUGAUGAUGAUGGGAUCGACCUGGACAACAUGGAGAAAUUCCUGCCCAGCCUGCCGGUUUUCCCUCCUCUGCCUAAUGAAGCUGAGAUCGCACACACGAAAAAACUGUUUCGUCGCUGCAGAAAUGACCGCCGCCGAUCUGAUCCACCCCAGGACCAGCUGAUGGUGCUGCUGCUGGCCGAGGGGAAGCAGCAAGUGUCCAGGAGACAGCAGCGCCUGCCUGGAGGAGGAGGAGGGGCUGCUGGGAAAUUCCAGAAUCCUCAGCAGCAGCAGGGACUGCAGCAGCAACAACAGCUGCCCAAUCAGAUGCAGCAGCCCAACGCAGACCACCAAUCAGGUGCCAGCACUAAGCACGGGGGGCGGGGUUACCAGGGGCAGCAGAACCAGGGUGGGUGGCAGGAUGGGUGGCAGGGCGGCCCGCAUCACGGCUACAGCCAGAACCGCCGCUGGCAUCAGCAUCCCAAACACCAGACGAACAGUUUCAAUCAAGGGGCCGACAGGGGCCUCACACACAAUACCAAAGAAACAGAGAAUGUAAAACAAGAGGAGCCAGAGCCCCACAUGGAGAAAGGAGCAAAGGACGAACCUGCGAAAGAGGAGAGAAAGAAAGGAGACAAGGAGGAGAAGACGGAGAGCGGGAAGAUCUGUUUACUGCAGUCAUCAAAAGAGAGACUGAGGAGGAGAUUGAAAGAGAAGGAGGAAGUUCCCGUGGUGACAGCCGGACCUCAGCGGAACCGAAUGGACAGAUUGUUAGAGAUUCUGAACAGCAUGAGGAAUAACAGCAGCGGCGUGGAGAAUCAGCUCACCACGUUCAUGGAGGAAGCGCAGAAUUCGGCCGACUCGGAGGAGACACUGAACGAGAUCGUUCACACCAUUUACCGCAAGGCGGUCAGCGACCGAAGUUUUGCAGCCACGGCAGCCAAACUCUGUGACAAGAUGGCUCUGUUCAUGGUGGAAGGAACUAAAUUCCGCUCUCUGUUACUCAACAUGUUACAGAGGGACUUCACGCGGCGUGAGGAGCUGCAGCAGACGGAUGUGGAGUGCUGGCUGGGCUUCAUCACGUUUCUGUGUGAAGUGUUCGGCACCAUGAGGAGCAGCGCUGGAGAGCCGUUUAGAGUGCUGGUCUGCCCCAUAUUCUCCUGUCUGAGAGAGCUGCUGGAGUCUCCGGAGGUGAAGGAGGACGCUGUGCUCUGCUGUUCUAUGGAGCUCCAGAGCACCGGCCGGUUAUUGGAGGAGCAGCUUCCUGAAAUGAUGACGGAGCUGCUGGCGGCCGUGCGGGAUAAGAUGCUGUGUCCGUCUGAGUCUCAGCUCCCAUUACUAUUUAAUAACCCCCCAGAUGCUGGUCAUUAUUGCAUGGAAAAGAGCUGCGUGAACAUCCUGCUAAACAUCUCCGUUUGUGUUCAAGAAAACAAAGACAGUGAGGGUCAUCAGAUUGAUUUGAUCUGGCUCUCGCCUGCUGAAUGGCGUGUGAAGGCCAAACUAAAUAAGAACGUGUGA